AUGAAGUACAUCGCUGCCGCCCUUGUCCUCGCCGCCUCUGCCUUCGCUGCUCCUUCUGAGAAGCGCACCGAGACCUGCACGUUCGGCACCUACCGCUGCACCACCCCAAACACGGGCAUCGAGAUCUGCAACAUCCAGGGCAAGUGGGAGCUCGUCGGCGACUGCCCCAAGGACACGUCCUGCCAGAACCUGCCCCAGAACGGCUUCGACCUCCCCUUCUGCACCGCCAACAAGGUCCAGGCCCGCAAUGGUCGCCCCGGCCAGAGCCCCGGCGAGUCGUGCUCGACCCCGGGCAAGUACGACUGCUUCGGCGCCUACGCCAUCCAGGUCUGCGACACCCAGAACGUCUUGCAGCUCGUCGGCAACUGCCCUGACCGCAGCCACUGCGAGUACCUCAACGGCAUUCCCUUCUGCGUUGCCAGCGUCUAA